CACACUAGGCUAGAGAUCUACCUUGCUAUCUGCAACAGUCCUUCAUCAUCUAGUUAUUUCCAUCGUGCAGAAUUAUAGAUGUUUUCCGAGGUGGAAUACUAAGAUCAGAAAUACAAGUGUACAUUUCGAUGGCUGUCAUUCUACAGGUGUACCGGUCUAAGGUGCAAGACGAUUUACCAUGGAUAUUGUACUUGGAGUCGCGGAUCAUUACCUACUAACGCCUUAUGUCUACCCAGAAUCCUUUGCAGAGACAAGCAUGGUGCGUCAGUUUGUGACACUUCUGUUGAUUACAAACAUAGGGGGCGCUGUGUUAUAUCUUUCGACAGCUACAUUCAGCUAUUUUGCCAUAUUUGAUCAUAAACUGAUGGAGCAUCCUCAGAUAUUACAGAAUCAAGUCCAAAAGGAAAUCUUCUAUGCCCUGAAGUCCAUUCCCUUCAUGAGUCUGCCCACUGUACUGUUGUUUCUACUGGAGGUUAGAGGUUAUUCAAGGCUCUAUGACAAUGCAGCCGAGACUAAACUAGGGUCAUUUGGAGUUGUCCUCAGCAUCCCUUUGUUCAUCCUUUUCACUGAUGCUCUCAUCUACUGGAUUCAUAGAUUCCUUCACCACAAGACCGUUUAUAAAUACAUUCACAAAGAUCACCAUAGAUGGAAGGUUCCCACUCCUUUUGCCAGCCACGCAUUCCACCCUGCAGAUGGAUUCCUACAAUCUUGCCCGUAUCACAUCUACCCAUUUUUGUUCCCAUUGCAUAAAUACACGUAUCUCGCUCUAUUUGUGUUUGUCAAUAUUUGGACUGUAUCAAUACAUGAUGGUGAUUAUCGAGUACCUGAUACACUGAAACCUUUCAUAAAUGGUUCUGCACAUCAUACGGAUCACCAUCUUUACUAUAACUAUAAUUACGGACAGUUCUUCACCCUGUGGGACAGGAUUGGGGGGUCUUUUAGGAACCCUAGUGCGUGGGAAGGGGACAGUCUUUUGAACCAGGUUCUGAAAGGAAGCAAACUUGACAAGAAAAAUGUAAAAGAAGAUUAGAUUCAGAAAAUAUUGUCAUAACAUAGUUUAUGAAAGGAAAGUCAUUGUAUGAUAUAAGAGCAGUUAGCAUAAACUGUACAUGCCAUUAAUGCCUGCUUGAAAUUGGUUUAUGUAAAAGAUCAAAAUUGAAUACUUUUAUUCCCAGCAUUAC